AUGUCAAAAGAAGGCAGGCGACAUAUUCGACCGGAUAGCUCAAUUCUGUCUGUCCUACUCAUCGUGAAGACAGGUCCUGGCUACUUCAAGCGACGACAAAUCACACGGGACCUGUGGUUCUCUAGAUGUACCAGCGGUGAUCUCUUUGGUGACAGUAAGUCUCUAAACUGGACAGAACACCAGCUUCUAAAGGAUGUGAAUGUGGAGUGUCUGUUCCUUGCUGGAGUUUCAGAGAAGAAAGAUGUCAUGGAAGCACUGCGAAAGGAGAAAGAGACCAAAGGUGACAUAUUUCUGGCACCGUUCGUGGAUAAUUAUCACAGGAUGACGGCCAAAACACAGUGGACACUGCUGUGGAGUCUUCAAAGGGAGAAGCCAUACGAUUACAUCAUGCUGGUUGAUGAUGAUACAUACAUAGUGUUCCGUCAGCUCCUACCGUGGCUGUUGCGUCAGCCUAGACAACGUCUCUACUCAGGACAUCGGCAUGGAAAUAAUAAUUUAGUUCCUGUUGUAUUAUGCUCAGCUGAUCCACGAAAUCCAAACUGCAUCAAGAAACUCCCAGCUUUCCUGAAAGGCAGAAGCACUUACGCUCCUUUUGCAGCAGGCUUUGCCUAUGUGCUUUCUCGUGACGUGGUUUCGCUGGUUGUGCAGGAUGCGCUGCAGUACAUUACGGAUGGCGAUGGUCUUCCUGGCAAUGUUGAGGAUGCCAUGGUGGGAGGACUUGCAAACUCAACAGGAGUGAGCCUGCGUGAUGAACCAGGUUUUAUUCACUACAUGGAUGAGAAAUGUUCGGCCGAUACUUUGAUACUCGUUCUAGGCAAUGCACCUAGCCGGGUUCUAGUGAAGAUGAUGGUUAAUGAAGAAGCAGGCAAACCAGUCUGCUUUCAACUCUAG